AUGGAUAUCAGUGAGCCCAUUGUCUCUCUUUCUAGUGACGGUGGCACCACAGUCCCCAGUAUGGAAGCGAAGCCAGACUCCGGAGCAUCGUCGCCGAGUGUAGGCUCUGAUCGCAUAGACAAAGGCUCCUUCAGCCUCCUCUCUGAACCAACCGCCCCAAAUUCUUCGAAGGGAAACACCAAUGGCGUGCAGGUCCAAGGAUCCCAGCCGUACCAAUUCGAAAGUUCUUCAAGUAACUGGAACGUUGGACAAGGCCCUAACCCUUCAGUCCGCUCAUCUAGUCGAGCGCCCAGAAGGCUCAGUGGGAGCACGGCUGCAAGCUCCAUCAGUGAAGCUGAAGUCUCCGGAACACCGCACCUUGGAAGAAUUGGUGUCUGUGCAUUGGACGUGAAAGCUCGCAGCAAGCCUAGCCAAAACAUAUUGACGCGUCUUCAGUCCAAAGGUGGAUUCGAAGUGAUUGUCUUUGGUGACAAGGUGAUCCUCGACGAAGCUGUAGAGAAUUGGCCUAUCUGCGAAUACCUGAUAGCGUUCUUUUCUGAUGGGUUUCCGCUGGACAAAGCUAUCGCAUAUGCAAGACUUCGAAAGCCAUUUUGUGUCAAUGAUCUUCCCAUGCAGAAGGUAUUAUGGGACCGGCGUCUCUGCUUGAAGAUACUAGAUCAGAUGAGCGUCCCAACACCCAAGAGACUGGAGGUUAACCGAGACGGAGGGCCUACCCUGGAAUCCCCAGAACUCGCCGAGCAUGUAUAUAAUCUGACAGGAGUGAAACUCGAGGGUCCCAGUGACGGCACUGGUGGAGGAGCCUCGAGAACAAUGAACGUGAGGAUGUCUGACGAUGGCGAUUCUCUUAUUGUUGACGGCAAGGUUUUCAGAAAACCUUUCGUUGAGAAGCCAGUAAACGGGGAAGACCACAAUAUUCAUAUAUACUUCCCUAAUGACCAGCAAUAUAGUGGCGGUGGUAGAAGGCUAUUUCGAAAGGUCGGGAACAAAAGCUCCGAAUACGACCCCGACCUUACCGUCCCCCGAUCAGUCACAGAAACGGAUACAAGCUACAUCUAUGAACAGUUCCUGAGGGUCGAUAAUUCAGAGGACGUCAAAGCCUAUACAGUCGGUCCAGAUUUCUGCCAUGCAGAGACGCGGAAGUCUCCUGUGGUUGACGGACUCGUUCGCCGCAAUACCCAUGGAAAGGAGCUCAGGUAUAUAACAAAAUUGAGCAAGGAUGAAGCAGCUAUUGCUUCUAAAAUAUCAAAUGGAUUUGGCCAGAGAAUAUGCGGGUUCGACAUGCUUCGCGUGGGGGAGAAAAGUUAUGUGAUUGACGUUAACGGCUGGAGCUUUGUCAAAGACAACAAUGACUAUUACGACAGAUGCGCUGCUAUUCUGAGAGACACUUUCCUGAAUGAAAGGCGCAAACUCGAAGGAAUUAUUGAGCCCGUCGAUGCUAUUCCUGCUGAUUCUGGACAUUCUUGGAGACAUUCCAUGUCUCACAGACACACCCUGAAGACCCUUUUGAAAUCUCCAAGUGCAUCGAAGCUUCAUGGGAGCCAAGCCGGCCUAAGAAGUUCUGACACAGGCUCGUCUGAUUCCAUUGUUUCGCGACCAAUAACUUCAUCAUCCGCGGAGAAGGUCGACAAUGGAAACGGCCAUGCAGACCCUAGUGGGCUUGAUAAACUCGCGCACCCCAAGAUCUAUACUUCGCAGAACUCUAAGUCGUCAAUAUUACCAGUGGAUCUGCCUACCGAGGGCCUGCCGCCGCCGCCGCCGCCAGCUUCGAAACACUCAUGGAAACUCAAGGGAAUGGUAGCAGUCAUUAGACACGCAGAUCGCACACCCAAGCAGAAGUUUAAAUUUACGUUUCACAGCCAGCCUUUCAUUGACUUGCUCAAAGGCCAUCAAGAAGAGGUAGUGAUAAAGGGUGAGGCUGCAUUGGCAAGCGUUUCGGAUGCGGUCAAGGUUGCCAUGGACCAGAAUCUUGAAGAUAUGGACAAGUUAAAGCUGCUCCGAACGUCACUUGAGAAGAAAGGUGGCUGGCCAGGGACUAAGGUCCAAAUCAAACCAAUGUUUCGCAAGCGGAAGCCAGAAGAGCUACGCGGGCAGACUUCGUCGGUCCUCCCGACAUCCCCUUCUGAGCCACCGCAGCAUGAAUUACUUGUAUCUACGCAAGACCAGCAUUCCGCAGAAAAUGAUCAACUCAGUCGGCCUCAAACGCGGAGUGACUCGAUAUCCGGUGCAACCUUUUCGAGAUUCUCUGCCGCAGAAAACGACCUGAUCCUAGACAAACUCCAACUCGUGAUCAAGUGGGGUGGAGAACCAACGCAUGCAGCACGCUAUCAAUCGCAGGAUUUAGGGCUUAACAUGCGUGAUGAUCUGAAGCUCAUGAACAAGGAAGCAUUGAAUAAUGUCCGCAUAUAUACAAGCUCUGAACGAAGAGUGAGCACGAGUGCCCAAAUAUGGGCUUGCUCCUUUCUCGAUCAGAAGGAGCUUCCCGAAAAUUUCAUACAAGUCCGAAAAGAUCUUCUGGAUGACUCGAAUGCUGCCAAGGAUCUCAUGGAUAAGGUGAAGAAGAAGCUAAAGCUCCUUCUAAGGGAAGGAUCCGCGCCCUCGCAGUUUACGUGGCCGAAGGACAAUAUCCCGGAACCAUCAGUCGUGCUAGCUACUGUCGUUGAACUGAUGAAGUUUCAUCGGGAUGUCAUGAGACACAAUUUCCGCAGAUUUGACGAAUCAUCGUCUCAGCCUUCUGGGACAGAUGAAAUAAAUGACGGCUGCCCAUCCUUCCAGCCUAACACAGGAUGCGAAAAGCCUUCUUUGUCUUCCAUUCAAGGAAGAUGGUGUACAGGUGAAGAUCCCAUGCUUUUCAAAGAACGAUGGGAGAAGCUUUUUGCCGAAUUUUGCGAUACAGAGAAGGUUGAUCCCAGUAAACUUUCUGAGCUUUACGACAGCAUGAAGUUCGAUGCCCUUCAUAACCGACAAUUCUUAGAAUGGGUCUUUAUGCCACCCGAUAGCGACGAUAGUGAAGACGAAAAGCAUCAUUAUACCCCGAAGAAUACCAGACGAGAUGAUUCUGUCAGCCCUAACAAUGAGAGUGACAAUGAUAAAAAUGAAGAACAAACAGAAGGCUCUCUUUUUGCCCAUCGGUUCGGAUGGAAGAAGCGCAUGCAUGCAUUCGAACUAAUGCCACACUUCAGGGCACUUGAUGACAGUUACGACCACUAUUUCAAGUUAUAUCCAGGCUCCAGCUCAACGAAGGCUAAGAUUGACGGGAGACUUUCGAAACUGAGGGAGCUAUAUAAACUGGCCAAGGUACUCUUUGAUUAUGUGACACCGCAGGAAUAUGGGAUAACGGACACGGAGAAAUUGGAAAUUGGCCUCUUGACAUCCUUGCCACUCUUGCAAGGAAUAGUGAGGGAUUUGGAAGAGGUCCAGGCUUCGCCGGACGCAAAGUCUUUCUUCUACUUCACGAAGGAGUCACACAUUUAUACUCUUUUAAACUGCAUCUUAGAAGGGGGGAUACAGACCAAGAUAGCCAGGACUGCCAUUCCCGAGCUGGACUACUUAUCUCAGAUCUGCUUCGAGCUCUAUGAGGCCAAAGACUGUGAAUCUUCAACAAAUUCCUACUCGAUUCGGAUAUCAAUAAGCCCUGGUUGUCAUGCUUUUGAUCCACUGGACGUGCAACUCGAUUCCCGGCAUGCCAUUGGAUGUGCACCAAGGAGGAGCUUGACUGCCCAUCAGGACUGGAAAGAGGUUAUCGAGACCUUGAAGGCGAGAUUCGACACAGUAAAGCUUCCUAAGACAUUCAUCGCAGUGAACCUUAGUGAUAAGCACGGAUCACACUCUUGA